AUGUCGACGAAGCUCGCCGCUGUCGCCGGCCUCGUGCUGCUCCUCGCUGCUCUAAACGCUGCCGGCGUGGAGAGUCAGCGUCUUCCUCCUCUUCCUCCUGGUUGUCACUACACCUAUGAUAUUUUGCGGCGGCUGGUGGUGACGAUUUGUGACAACCCAACGCCUUCGCCUCCUGCUGCCCUCACUUCGCCUAGUAUGUUCGUCUUCGGCGACUCCUUCGCCGACAACGGCAACCUUCCCAAGGAUACGCAGCAGCUCAGCCUCAUCUCACGCCAGUGGUACGAUCCCUACGGGGCCUCCUACGGCCAGGACAAUGGCACCGCUGCCGGCAAGUUCAACCCCACCGGACGCUUCUCCAACUACUUGGUCCAAUCCGACUUCAUCGGGAGGAUCUUGGGGAUGAACGAAGCGCCGCCCACGUACAUUUCCUCGGGCAUCAACGGGAACUGCGACAACGCCGGCAUGACGUUCGCCGCGGGAGGCUCGGGCGUCUUCCCCGUGCCACUCGGGGUGCCCACGCUGAGCGACCAGCUGGACAACUUCGAGCGCCUCGUCGCCUCCGGCUGCAUCACCAAGGCCCAGAUCGACGCCUCCGUGGUCCUGAUCGCCGUCUCCGGCAACGACUACGACCGCGUUGGGGUGGCCCAGCCCAGCGCCUUCGGCGACGUCACGGUCUUCAUCAGGAACGUCACAUCCCAGAUCGCGGCGGCGGUCGACCGCCUCGAGAAGGUCGGCGUGAACAAGAUCCUCGUCAACAACCUUCACCCGGUCGGCUGCACCCCCGCCCAGACGGUGCUCAGCAAGUACGCGACGUGCGACGGCGCCGGCAACACGGCCUCCAAGACCCACAACGAGAACCUGCACCAGCUCCUCGCCGACAACGGCAACGUCAUGCUUCUCGACCUCUACGGUGCCUUCAUCGGCAUCGUCGACAAGGAGCACGCCGGCAACAAGGGGUCGGACCUGUCGCGGCAGUUCAAGAACAAGAAGACGCCGUGCUGCGUUGGCAACGACCCCACGGGCUUCUGCGGCCAGAUGAGCAGCGACGCGGAGAACCCCGUGGAACUCUACACGGUGUGCCCCAACCCAGAGAAGCACUUCUUCUGGGACGAGAUGAACCCUACGCAGGCUGGCUGGACCGCCAUCAUGACGCAACUCGAGGGGGCAAUCAGGCAGUUCAUCUGGCCCUCACAGUCCUAG